GAACAACUUUUAGAAUUAUAUAAACGUCAAUGCCGUGAAGAUCGUAUUUUAAAACAUGAUCCUACCGUAUGGACCACUAGUAUGAUCUUAUGGUUCUUACGGUUCUUAUUAAAGGAUUACAGAAGUGAAUGGGGUGGUGUUUAUGAACGUGCUGAACAAUACGUUAGCAAAGUAAUUAACGAUUUAGAAAUUGAAGAAACUGUGGUUGCUACCGGCAGAAAAGCUGUUCGUGAAAGAUUUGAUAUCAAAAUUGAUAAUGAUUCUAAAACUAAACGACUUACUAGAGAAACUAUCUCAAUCACACAUAUUAGACGUCUUCUUAAAUGUCAGCAAAGUACUGGUGCAUAUCAAAUUAAUGAUGAUUUUGCAAAAUCCCUUGGUUAUGAAAAUAUGGAAAAACUUCGUAUAGCAUUCGAUGAAUUUAAAGAUAAAAAAUCCAAAUCACAAAAAAUCUUUCAAGUUAGUCUUCAAACAUGGAUGACAAUGCUUAUGCUUUAUUUCUAUCGUUACGUUGCUAUUGAUCAAAGGAAAGAAUGGCACCAUACAUAUGAAAAGUCUUAUAGAUGGGUAUGGGCUCAAUUAAAGGGUAACGAAUCCCUUGAGCAAGAAUGUUUUGAAAUUGUUAAAUCAUUUGUCAAGGAAUAUCAUGGUGUAAAGGAUGAUGUUUUGGAAUCGGAUCGUGCUUUUGAAGGUGAACUUUUAGAACGAUGUACUUAUUUUUUAAAAUUUUAUAAAGUUCAAAAACCUCAUGGUAUCGCACGUAUCGAAAUUAUUUGCGCCAAAAAUCUUAAGCAAGCCGAUUCGUGGUUUGGUGGUAGUGCUUCCGACCCUUUUGUUAGAAUAUCAAACAUUGCCACAAGUUGGGUGUACGGUGAUUCACGUGUCAUCUACAACAACUGCAAUCCCGUUUGGGAACAAGUCUUUUAUAUUCCAGUUUAUGAUGUUAAUGAAAAAUUCAAUUUACAAGUUUUCGACUAUAAUGCUUUCUUUAAAGAUACACUUUUGGGUUUCUAUAUUCUUGAUCUCAAAUCUAUAAUUAAAGAACUUCCUAAUGGUUCUCUCGAAGGAAAGCAAUUAAAACUUGAUGCUAAUCUCACUUAUAAGGGAGUCAACAAAGGACAAUUAUCAUUUAUUGCUGAAUUCUUUUCACUCCCUGAAUCGGAAUUAGAUUUAGAGGUUAUUAGCACAUCUACUAUUUCGAUUCGACACUUAUAUCUCCUAAUGACUUAUCAAAGUCAAUAUGGAUGCUUUGAACUUACUGACGCAUUAGCAAGAUUGUUCAACUAUGCCUCUAAAGAAGAGCUUGCUAGUGCCUUUUCUGAUUAUGUACAAAAAGAUGAAGGUGUUCAUUGUUUGGAUCAUAAAGCUUGGGCUACUGUACUUGUCACAUCUUUCCUCAAAGCAUUAUUGUGGGAGAAACGUCGUGAGUGGAUGAAUAUUUACAGUAGGGCUGAAAGUUGGUUGAGUGAAAAUGUUACCGAUUCUGAAGUCGAAGAGCGUCUUUACAAUUAUUCAAACAAAUUCGUUAUUCAACGCUUUAAAGUUACUCAAUGGAUAGACGAGAAUCAACAAAUAAGUCUGGGAGUUCUCUCCAUAUCUAGUAGACGGAUCAUUACCCGAAAACAUGUUGAUAUCCGUAUUGUUCGUCGAUUCAUCUCUUAUCAGAAUGAAUCUGGUUGUUUCGAGCUCACCCCUCAAUUGGCUGAAGCUUUGGGCUUCAGUUCGGUUGAUGAAGCAAAGAAACACAUUGAAGCUCAUUUUUCUUCCUCACAAAGAACUGCUCAAUUUGAUGCUAACGUCUGGAGUACUGCUAUUUUGAUUUGGUUUAUUCGAUAUGUAUUAGUUGAUUACAGAUAUGAGUGGGCAAGCAUAUACCAAAAAGCAAAUGAUUGGCUUUGUCAACAAGUGAAAGAAAAGGAUGUUCGAGACGAACUUCUUGAAUCUGCUAGAGACUUUGUUGUUAAAAGAUUCGAAGUUGAAAAGGAUGCUAUUGAGGAAGACGAGUCAUUCAAGGAUUCUCUUGAAGCCAAGGAUAGAUAUCAUGAGCGAGGGAUUGUAGACGACGAACAGCAAGAUUUCAUGAUCCCUAGUGAUGAAAUUGUUGGAAUAAUUAGGAUCUGUGUUAAAAGUGCUAAAGAUCUCAAAAAAUCAGAUUUUUGGUUUUCCUUUUCUAAUCCUGAUCCAUACGUCCGCAUAAUGAAUGCUGCUGGAACUGAAAUAGUUCGUACUCGUGUUAACCAUGGAACUGUUAAUCCAAAAUGGGAUGAAAUUCAUUUUGUUUCUGUUCAUGGUUCGGGCGAAAAAAUUUCGUUUGAAAUCUUUGAUGAAAAUCUUUUUAUAUCAGACAAACCUCUCGGCACUUAUGUCUUGGAUACUAAUACGUUAAUGAAAAAUGAAGAUCUUUCUAAAACUAUUAAUGAGUGGUUCCCACUUGUAAUUGGCAAUAAGCCAGCUAAAGGACAAUUAAACUUGGAAGUUCGAUUUAUCCCCACCGUCUUUAAUGAGGGUGUGGACUUUAUAUUUACCCGAGAAACCAUUAAACAAAAUCAUGUCUAUAUGCUUAUCAGCUGGCGCAAAGCGAAUCGAUCCUUUGAAUUCACUGAGAAAUUAGCGCGUUUCUUUAAUUAUAAAUCAGUCGAUGAAUUGAAAGAAGGUUUCCUCAAUCACAUAUCUUCAGACCAAGAACUUUUAAAAUACGAUCUUCACGGCAUUGACGUUUAUAUAAUUCUAAAAGUU